AUGAAUAUCUUCAGGUUACUCGCGGACCUGUCCCAUCUCCUCUCCAUAUUCAUCCUUCUGCAUAAAAUGCGAGUCUCCAAUUCCUGCUCCGGCAUAUCAUUCAAGUCACAAGCUCUAUACUUCUUCGUCUAUGUGACGCGCUACCUGGAUCUAUUCUGGUCUUUCACCGACAGCGCAUGGAACACCAUCUUUAAGAUCAUCUUCCUGUCCUCCUCCGCCUACACCCUCUACGUGAUGCUGAAUGACUACAAACCCACGCACGACCCGAACCUCGACACGUUCCGAGUCUCCUACCUGACCGGCGGCUCCGCCGUACUCGCCAUCCUAUUUCCUUACAAAUGGACCAUCUCCGAAAUGCUGUGGGCAUUCUCCAUCUGGCUCGAAAGCGUCGCCAUAUUGCCGCAAUUAUUCAUGCUUCAAAGAACAGGCGAGGCCGAGACCAUCACAACACACUAUCUGUUCGCGCUGGGCAUGUACCGAGCCCUGUACAUCCCCAACUGGAUUUACAGAUGGUUUGCCGAAGGACACUUUGAUCCCAUCCCUGUGAUCGCCGGAAUCGUCCAGACCAUUCUGUACUCGGAUUUUUUUUGGGUGUAUUAUACCAAGUAA